AAAAUACAUAUAUUAUAAGAGAUCUUCCGAAAGUUCUUUACUUAGCUAGGUUAUAAAUAAAAAAUGAAAUUCAAGAGAUUCAUUUUAUCUUGCACUUCUUUUAUAUGCCUUAUGUUAUGCGUUGCAUCUGACGAUUUAUACGAUGUUUUAGCGAUCUCUAAAGGUGCUAGCAUGCAAGAAAUUAAAAAGGCCUAUAAAAAUCUUGCAAGAGAGUGGUAAGUCAAAAAAAAAAAUUAUUUACCAGACCUAUAUUGGCCAUUGAAUUGCCUUCAAUGCCUUCAAUUGAAUUUCUGAAAUGAUGAUUGAUUGAAUCAAAAAAAUGAAUGACAAUAGUCAUUCAAAUCAUCAUUCAAUUAAGUCAUUCAUGAAAUUGUUAGUUAUUAGUAGCAGUAAAAAUAAGGCCGGCACUACGUACACCGCGGCGGUGUACCUAGCGAAACUAUUGACUUUGGCCUGCGUACACCGCGGCGGUGUACCUAGCUUUUUCAUGGUCUGUGGCCUGCGUACACCGCAGCGAUAUACAGUAGCCAAACUAUGGUCUUUGCGAGCCUUUAACUUUUUGGCCUAACCGGUACUUGUAGAUUUAAUGUUAUACUCCUGUUAAAACUGAAAACUAUUAAAAAUUCGUUUAUUACCUUGGGAAGAUAUUGAGUAAGGUCCACGCGUAUGUGGCAAAGUGCAUGUAAAGCAUUUCUUAUUAUUUUUGGAAGGGAAGGGGGUGGGGGGGGUGUAAUGUUAAACCAUGAUUUAUUUUUAAAGUUAACCACUUUAUUCCCCCCUCCCCCAAUAUCUUGAAAUACAAAUAUAUUUAUUAAUUGUAAGUUUUAUCAUAUGAUUGUGAAUCUUAGUUUGAAAUUAUUCUCUCAUGCCCACCCCCACCCAGUUGUCAGUUGUUUUGUUUUGGUUUUUUUUUUGGUUUUUUUUUUUGGGGGGGGGGGGUGCCUUAUAAAUAUAACAUUGUAUGUGAUCCCUCGGGGCAUGGUGUAAAAAUGAAUGGGAAGACAGUGUAUCUAUUUUGUUAGCACCAUGAUAUAAUUACGCCACAAAUACACUACGGGAAGAGAAUCACAUACUCAUACAUUGAUCAUGAAGUCGUGAAGUUAAAGUAGUCCGAGGCAUUGUCAUUGUGACACCAAGCAUGUGUCAACACAAAACAGCAGUAAGAUGAUCAAUACGAAACACUGCAGUUAUUUGAAAGUCUUUUAACAAUAAUUAAAAAUCAUUGAUUUAGUUUUACAUUGGCAUUACACAUUAGUAAAAAAAAUGCAGGCAGAGGGAGGGGGGAUGCAAAAGGUAAGUUGGUUGUGCGGACGUCCUUUGUGGACAACCCCUAUCCUGAGCCGUGAUUUGUGAAUGCCCUCUUUUUGGUUAAGCCUCUGCCCAUAACUCACCACCACCCCCCACUCCCCGGCAAGGAUCGAUUUCUAAAAAAAAAAAAACAACAACAAAUACAAAAACUUUGACAUAGUGCAAAUCCUGUCCCAGGCGCAUUGUGCAAUGGUUUCUGUGAGAAAACGUCGUGUUUUACCCUGAGAAUAGCACAUGCCAUGCCAUUCUGGAAACAAAUUACGUCAUGAAAAGGGUAAACGCAGACCUAUGGCUUUGCUAUACAGUUUGCUACCGCUCCGCAAGUUUCUAAAAUCGAGGUGUUUUCAAAAGAUUUGCUGUGAGACUGAGUGUUGUGAAUGAACCUUUGAUAUCGUAUGUACAUUUUGCCAAUGCAUAAGGCAUAGUGAAAGCAAGAUGGUUCAAGGUUGAAAUACGACCAUGCACAUUAAUAUUCAUAUGCAUGAAUAUUAUUCAUACUGGUAUUUUCUUUGGUUGUUCGUAAAAGUAAAAUGUAAAUAUUCAACUAUACGAAGAAUGUUGAAAUACAAUAGAAUAUCAGUCACUUAGUAUUCAUAAUGUUUCUGUUAUACAUGAUCAUCAUGUAUUACAUGCGCUUUCAGAAACUUUAAGUUUGUUUUCAAAUGUCUAAAGUCUUAUUACUAAAGUUACCGGUAUUUUCAAAGUCAAAGGCCGGCACAACUUGUUGAAACACUUAUAUAUAUAAAUAAAUAUAUAAAGUGUAUUUAAUAUAAUAUUUAAACAUAUAUUUAAAUUGUUUCAAUUGCUACAAAAUAUUUUAAAACUAAAAUGGGAGGAAAAAAACUCGAUCCCCUACUGAGAAUUGAUCUCAAACUAUAUUAUCGCCAAGCGUCCACUCUACCACUUGACCACACAAGAUCCUCUCCAACAAGUAUAUCUUAAAACCAGGCCAAUGGUAAAUUUUUUGCCGCGGUGUACCCAGGCCAAAGCCCACGAUUUCACUAGGUACACCGCCGCGGUUUACGCAGGCCGAAGCCGAUGGUUUCGCUAGGUACACCGCCGCGGUGUACGCAUCCACUUCGUAAAAAUAAAUAGGAAAGGUACUUACCGAUGCCGAUAUAGCUGGAUUAUCAUUUAUUGUCAAAAUAUUGAGGAACAUUGUCAUUAGUUAGACGCAUGUGUAUGCCUUAUGCUGAUGUUUGUAUCUUAAAAAGUUAAAAAAUGGCAGUUUUUGUGUCUAAACUAAAGUGUCAAUUAUGGGUAAAUUUAAAUGGAAAAAUUCAGACAAAAACUGCAAUAACUGUUCUAUUUGCAUAACCUUAGUCUUAGUCUUAGUAUCAUUCAUUGGAUUGCAGAUUAUGAGAGCUCUUUUCGAUGAUCUAAGUUACAUUCCUAUUUUUGAAUUUUUUUACUUUUAAGGACCCUACUGAAUACAUUUCAUUAAUGGUCAACAAAAUUUCAUUGUCAAGAUAUGAUGAACAAACAUUGUUUUCAAAAAAGGAACCAGUAUUUUUUUUAGUUUAAACCACAAGAACUGCAUUAAAUUUAUUUAUAUGUUAAUAAAACACAUGUAAAAACUGAUGACACUUAUUUUGAAAUAUAAUUCAUCUGUUAUGGGAAGAGCUAGGAGUUGUAUGAUUCACAGUUCAAAGCAUUUCAUAAUGUCAAAAUCUUGCUAACUAGUGCACUAUUAGUAUUAUGACACGCAAAGAUAAAUUUUAACAUUUUGAUUUAUCAUUUUUAAUAUAUAUCAAGAAACUAUAUCAAGCUUUAAUUUGUUAAAUUUUUACUUACGUGAUUAUCUAAGCUGGAACAGCUAUCAUAAUUUAAAUGAUAUUUAUGUGAUUUAGCACUAUCAAUUUAGGGAAUUUGAAACCGUACGCACUAUAGUUGUCCAAAAUAAGCAAUUAUUUGUGAUUAUGCAGUGUAUGGUGUGCUCUGUCCAUGGGGCGUUCUUUUGAAAGAAAAAAAUAUUUUGGGAUGCUAAUUUUGAUUAAUUAUAUUUCUUUUCAUUUUGUUAUUUAUUUAUGCUUGGAAACCAGAUGUACUUGAUCUUUUGAUAAAUUACAAAAUUAGUAACUCUUAAAAGAAUUAUGUAGUCUUAUUAAACUGUUCUGAUUUCAGCAGAGGACAAACCAGAACAAAGGUCCACAUCUGUCCUUGUAAAAACCUUGGUCGCCUUAUUGGUCAUGUUAAUUUAACAGAAUAAUAAUGUGGAGACUGUCUCAGCUUUAGCAAUAACAUUAUUGCCAAAAGUAGAUACAUUGUCAUGAAGUUCAAACAUAAUAAUUAUGUAUAUUUGGUAUUAUUUUCACUUAGGCAUCCAGAUAAGAAUAAAGAUCCUUCAGCUACAGACAGAUUUACCAAAAUCAAUGAAGCAUAUGAGGUUUGCCAUUUUAACUCUAUUAUAAUUUCUACUGAUUUUUUGAAAAAAAGUUAUGAUAGUCUAGUAUAAUAUUUAUUAAAAUAAAAACUUCUACUUUAUUUCAAGGCUUAUUUAUUUUUUUUAAUGGUAUUUUUCAACAAAAUGGAGAAAUACACCUUGUAAAUUUUACUUUCCUGUUAGACAUUGAGUGAUCCCGAAAGAAGAUCCAACUAUGAUAAAUUUGGUUACACUACAGCUCAGGAGCAGAGGCCCGGCACUCAGCGCGGUGGUAGUUUUCAUUCCUUUGAUGAGUUUUUCAGUGGGGGCUUCGGACCAUUUGGAUUUGGAGGCAGAGAAAGCAGUAACAUGGAGAAAUACUUGACGACCUUACAGUAAAUAUAUAUUUCUUAUUCAUAAACAGUUUGGCACAGUUAUUGCCAUUAAAUAAAAGACUCAACGAAUAAUGCAAUGAGACUGCAGUAUUUUUAGUGUAGUUAAAAAGAACUGCCAGUUCUUAAUUAUGCAUAUUCCUAUAACUCAGUGGAACUUUUCCCUCUUAAUUUCCCACCUAAUCUCAAUACAAGAUGUACAAGUUCAUUGAAUGUUAUGAAACCAGCUUUUCAUUUUUCAUCUUUUCUAUCGUCUUAACUACAGAGCUUGAAUUCAGGUCAAUAAAAAAGCAUUCAGCACACUACAAGAUUUACAUAUUCUUUCAUUCAUGUUUUAUUUUCAUUUUUAACUCAGGUAUUAUGAAACGAAACUACACCCAGGCUCUAAUCAAAAUCCUUGCUUUAUAUACGCCUACUCUGAUUUCUGCUUCAAUUGUAUGCGCCUUGAACCAGUUGUGUUCAAGUUUAUGACAGAAUUGGAGAAUUUAGGUGAACCUUUUCUCACUCAUUUUUUAGAUGUCAUCUGCAUUUGAUUAAUAUGAGUUACACAUUAAAGCAGUGGAUCCCAACCUGUGAUCAGCUAAGCUCUAAAGGUUCAGCAGGUACUUCUCAGGGGUUCUGCUGCCUCUCCAGGAAUUAUGAUAUCACUGUUAACUUGUAAGGCAUAGGUUAGGCCUGAGGCCCCCCCCCCCCCCCCCCCCCCCCCCCCCCCGAGAAAUUGAUUCUAAAAUGGCUCCACAAGUGAAAAAAGGUUGGAAACCACUGCUUUAGAGUAUAUUAAAGAGGUAUACAUGAGAGAAUAGUUAAAAGGUAUUCUUGAGAGGCUAGCCAAAAAGUAUGCAUAUAACAUACGGUGAAGAGGUAUUUAGGAGAGCAUUGUGAUUAUGUAUAGAAUAAAGCAUAAUUAAUAUGUAUAUGUCAGAGAAUUGUAAGUUUUCAGUUAAACUUUUAUGUAUAUUUCCUCAAGGUUUGUGCGUUGUCGCUGUGCACCUGAGACGCUCACCAGGCCUGGCGAGCCAUUUACGAAUUCAUCACGCCCCAAAUAUUCUUGCUGUGGUAUCUGGUCGAAUAACUUUCUACAAAGAAAAUGGAGUCUCCUUUGAACAGUUGAGAGAUUUCAUGAGAAACCUCUUUCCAGCCCAGACCUUCGCAACUGUAAGUUAUGACAAGCUUAAGUUUUACAGACCUACAAAAUGUACUUUGUUUAUUUGUAUACAUAUGAAAAACAUAAAAUAAUUUAUUUGCAUAUCCCCAGGUAACGGACAAAACUUUUGAAAGUUUUCAGGAAGGUUGGAAGGACAACAAAGUGUGUGCGAUCUUCUUCGGCUCCAGGCAAGACAGCUCUCUCCGAUUUUUGGCACCCGCAUUCUAUUAUCGUGAGCGUAUUUCUUUUGGUUAUGUGCACACCAUGAACCAUGAGUCUGAAAAACUGAUCAAACGUUUUAACAUCAACAAGCACCGGGAGACCUUGUUGCUGUGGAAUGAGAUGAAGGAAUCGACAUUGGCUUCCAUUGCUGUAAAUAAUUAUAACAUACUAAUGACCAAUUCUGCAUUUAUUUAUUGUUGUGUGAUCAAUAAAAGUUUCUUUUUUUUUCUUUUAAGCUUCAUUAGACUAUUUCUUCUUCCAUUAAUGAACUGUUAAGUUAAUUGUCACUUAAAAUACAAAGUCUGUUCUACUAACUGUAUUGAUCGAUCUUUAUGUUCAUUCAUUGUUAAUAUAUAUUUUCAUUUAAAGAAUGAUUAUUUAACUAUAGGUAUGUUUGUGUAUAUGUUGUGUGUCUGUAUCUAUCUAUCUAUAUAUCUAUCUAUAUAUAUAUAUAUAUAUAUNAUAUAUAUAUAUAUAUAUAUAUAUAUAUAUAUAUAUAUAUAUAUAUAUAUAUAUAUAUAUAUAUGAUACUCCCUCUAACUGUAUUGAUCGAUCUUUAUGUUCAUUCAUUGUUAAUAUAUAUUUUCAUUUAAAGAAUGAUUAUUUAACUAUAGGUAUGUUUGUGGAUAUGUUGUGUGUCUGUAUCUAUCUAUCUAUAUAUCUAUCUAUAUAUAUAUAUAUAUAUAUAUAUAUAUAUAGAUAGAUAUAGAUAGAUAGAUAUAGAUAUGUGUGUGUGUAUAUAUAUAAGAGAAAGAGAGAGAGAGAAUGAGAAUAAAUAUAUGAUGUAAGUAUAUAUCUAUAUAUCUAUAUCUAUAUGAUGAUACUCGCUCUAUUGUAAGUUUUGUUCUUCUCAUGUAGAUGCAGCAGCUGUCCAGGUCAACAAUUGAUGAGGUUUUAUCCACUAAUAAAUACCUUGUGCUGCCAAGGCUGUCCUCACAGUCUGUGUUUGAUGACCUGUGCCCACAUGAGCCCAAGAUAAAGAAGAGAAAGUAGGGUCUUAGCAUGUCCUCCUCAUGAUUAGCACAAUGGUUUACCAUUUUGAUGGAAUUUAUGGAAAUACAGUCAGAAUAACUUGAUCGAUAUAGUUUAACUUACUUACCUCCAGACAUUUGCAAUAAUUCUUUUCAAAUAUAUUUACCAUAGAACAGUGACCUUGGCCGCGACCCUUUAAGACAGUUCCUCAUGUUGUGGCGAUCCCCAAACCACAAAAUUAUUUUUGGUGUUACUUCAUAACCGUAGUGUAUAUAUUUGCUUUCCUAUGGUCUUAGGGGACCCCUGUUGAAGGGUUGUUUGACCCCCAAAUAUAUAUAUAUAUUUUUUUUUAUUUGAUGUUUUUAAACAGUUUUCUUUACUAAUACAUCCCAAAUUAAUUCCAAAAAAAAUUAACAGCUGAUAGCCUCUAAAGUUCCGGUUAUAAUUUUAACUUGAUUAAAGACACAAACUGUUUAUUCACAGACUCUGUGUUGCGCUUGUAACCAAGAAGGCCGAUGAGCACGACGUCGCCAGGAAUACUUUCCGGGACUUUGCUCAGGCGACAAAAACUGGAAACAGUCGUAUCAGAUUUGUGUACAUCUAUUCGGAUGUUCAGGAAAAUUUCAUGAAUGCACUCACUAAAGGAAAUGAGACCAGGUCUCAGACUGUAGUUGAGGUGAGAAUGGUCUCAGUCAGGCUGUGGAGAUGAGAAUUGUGUCAGGCUGUGGAGAUGAGAAUUGUGUCAGGCUGUGGAGAUGAGAAUUUUGUCAGGCUGUGGAGAUGAGAAUUGUGUCAGGCUGUGGAGAUGAGAAUUGUGUCAGGCUGUGGAGAUGAGAAUUGUGUCAGGCUGUGGAGAUGAGAAUUGUGUCAGGCUGUGGAGAUGAGAAUUGUGUCAGGCUGUGGAGAUGAGAACUGUGUCAGGUUGUAGGGAUGAGAAUGCUCUGGAGGUGAGAAUGGUUUCAUUUAUUGUGUUAUGGUUAGCUGAAGAGUUCUUUCUGUCAGGUACUUAUUGGUUGCCCACACUUUGUCUCUCCUUCCCCCCCACACACACCCUCCCUCCCAGGUUAUUAUAAUCUGGAGACAAGACACCCAUCGUCUCAACUAUGAGUUUCUAGAGCAAGGCUGGAGUCUGGACCCAGAAGCUGUUGCGCUGUCAAGAAAGAAGCUGGAAGAGAGACUGAACCAGCUCCUGGCUGGUGAUAAUCUGCUUCCUUACAAAGCUAUAGUUCCAGAUUUUUACAAUGAACAUAUGCUGGUGAGGAAACAUUGACUAUCUGGAUAAAUAAUUUGAUGCAGACACAAAUAAUGGCUUUGAGAUAUUUUUAAACUAUUAUAAGUAAUUAGACUGUGUGACCUGUAAACUCAAGGUGUCCUCUAGAACCACAUGUACUCCAUUAACCUCACUGAAAUUGCCAUCUUCAAAAGUACCAAAAUAUGCCAAUAAACACAUCAUUAAUUUUAUUUUAAACUGAUUUCUCUACCUCUCAGGGUCUUCUGACAAGAAUAAUUUAUAAACUCUUUGACUGGUAUGACAGGAUAUAUUUCUACUGGACCAGGCAAGUUGAAUAGAUCGAUUAUUUUAUGUGUAGUUUGUUUGAAGAAUUGUCAUUGUACAUUAUGUUUCAAAUGUAAGGAAUAGUCAUUGUACAUUAUAUUUCAAAUUUAAGGAAUAGGAAGCCAUGGGUAUGUCUUGAGAUCUUGUCACAUUAUAUUUCAAAUGUAAGGAAUAGGAAGCCAUGAAUAUGUUUGGAGAUCUUGUCACAUUAUAUUUCAUAUUUAAGGAAUAGGAAGCCAUGGAAAUGUAUAGAGACCUUGUUUUGCCACAUUUCAGCUAUGAUGGUAUGACUCUGCUGACAGCAUUGGCUGCAUUAGCAUUCAUUGGGACUAUAUCUUACAGCAUGAAAAAACUGGCCAAUGCAGAAGCAGAAGAACUCAAGAAGAAAAGAUUGGCCAAAAAAGCUCAGUCAAGGCCACCAUCAUGGUAUCUUGUGUUUUAAGACUUGUUAAGUAUUUAAAAUUUGGAUUGCAUUUUUUUUUCUGUAGUUGCUUCUUUUAUACCUGCAAUUGUUUUCCGAUAGGUUUACUUAAUUAUACACUGGGAUCUGUGGUGGCCGGGUUAAUUUGUACCUACGUCUGUAACAUGUGUCACAGUUAGUUUGUACAUGUAAUGAAUACUCUUAGCCGUUCUGAACUUACCUCCACCGCAGCUCACCUGACAACCAGACCAUUCACCUGUAUGAACUGAGGUAUGAAUCCUUCCACAACUUGGUGUCGGAGGCUGACACGGGACUGACGGUGACACUCCUGGUAGAUGAGCACACCAAGGAGAAACUCAUGCACAAAUUUGCUGAGCUCAUGCAACCUUUUUCAAGGUAGAUCUCAACCAUAAGGUGUAUUUCAAUUUUUUAUAAACAUUCGUAGGAUUUGAAAAUUUAAUGUUAAUAACAGACUAGAACAUAAUAAGUGUCACAGACUAGAGCUCUAUUAAUGUUAUUGGUAUGUAGUAGAACUCUAAAUGUUAUGGAUUAGAGAUCUUUGAAUGUUACGGACUAGAAAUCUUUGAAUGUUAUUGACUAGAACUCUAUAAAUGUUACAGUAAAGAAAGCAAUAAAUGUCAUAAAUAUUUCCCCAGGUAUAGUGCUCUAUAAAUAAUGUAAAUCUGUCCCCAGGUACAGUGCUCUAACAUUUGCCUUCCUGCAGCUUGAGUAUUACCUAGAGUGGUACCGCCAUCUUUUGGAGAUGAGCAUGGAUUUUAAGGUCACGUUGAAUUCCAUCAACAACCGAAACUGUGUUGGCACUGUGCUUGCCAUAAAUGGAUACCGAAAGUAUUAUUACAUAUACCACCCUAAACGUGCCAGAAGGUAGGAUCGGCUUGUUCUGCUGUUGUUAGAAUGUUUUCUGAUUUUGAGGCUAAAUUAAGAGAAACAUUUCUUCGUGAUCACAGAAGAGAGUUUGUUUGAACUGAAAUGGCAAGCUAAACUUUUGUGAUGUCCUAAGUCAGCGGUUCUCAACCUGUGGUUGGCAACCCCUUUGGGGGGUCAAACGACCCAUCUACAGGGGUCGCCCAAGACCAUCGGAUAACACGUAUACUCUACAUGAAGUAGCAACGAAAAUAAUUUUGUGAUUGGGGGUCGCCACAUCAUAAGGAACUGUAUUAAAGGGUCGUGGCGAUAGGAAGGUUGAGAACCACUGUCCUAAAUUACGUGCCAAAUUACCAUUCUACUAUGGUAGCUUAUGGUGGGCAAUGUGAAACCAGUAGCAUAUUUGAUUGAUAUUUUCAGGUGGAUUCGUCGCGAGCAUGGGGCCAAUGUCACCAAAGCUGUCGGCUUCGGGGAUUCUGACUCGUCCAGUUCAGAGGAGGAAGGGAAGUCCCGGGACGAAAACGUUAUAUUUGAAGAUGAGAUUUUAUCCGGUUUGUCUAUCUGGAUGGACAGAGUUUUUGAUGGGUCAGUUAAAAAAGUCAGGCUAAACUACUGGCCAGAAAUGAUUAAAUAGACAGAUUGCCCAAGUAUUUUUAUGACACUAGUUUUUAUACCUUUUCAACAAUUUUUAUAUGAAGGCAUUUAUAAUUCAUUUCUAUCAUUAACAUCAUGCAUCCGUAUGGAAAGUAUUAUUAAAAUAUUCUGGAACAUUCUUUGACUAGCAGGUGAAGACAGUUUUUCUUUUUCAUGACAAAUGUAUACUAUCUCUCAAAAGUGAAAAUAAUUUAUUAGAAUAUAUUCAACUUGUAAAAAAUUAUCUGAAUAAAAUUUGAUAAUUUCUGUAAUAAUAAUUUUUUUCAAAAGAUUUAUCCAAAAGUCUUAAACAAUAAGAAAAAUAAAUGUCCUGUUUUUCUCCUGUUUAAUCCUAUUCCGGUAGUUCAAAGUACAAAGGAAACGUAUUAUUAUUGUCAUGAUAUUACAUCUCUAAAAUAUAUGUUGUAUUCUGUUGAUAGUUUUAAGUUAAUCUGAAUGGUAUGUAAGCAUUUCUUUUACUUUUAAAGAGGUUAACAUACCGACUAAAUGGUGCAGUUGUCACUAGAUAUGUGAUCAGAUGUCCUAGAUCUAUGGUGCAAUGUUUGCUAGGUCUAUGGUGCAGUAGUCUUCAGUUUUAUGAUACAGUUGUCACCAGAUAUAUGGUAUAAGCCAGAUCUAUGAUACAGUGUUUAGAUUUAUAGUACAUUUGUCACUAGAUCUACAGUAAAUUUAUCACUAGAUCUACUGUACAUUUGUCACUAGAUCUAUAGUACAUUUGUCAUGAGAUCUGUGCUACAGUUGUCUCUUAAUCUAUGCUACAGUUGGUCACCAGAUUUUGUUACUGUUGUGGCCACUCAUUGUCAUAAAAAAAUCCAGCUGUUAUUUAUAAAUCUUACUCAUAUAUAAUUCCUGUCUGUCAAUGAUGUACAUAUAUUUAAAAAAUUGUUCCAACCCAGUUGAAAACAAAACUAGCACCUUUUAUUUAUUGAUAAUUCCAGGUCAGUUAAUUUAAUUUAUAUGAUAAAAAAUGUGUGUGUUUGAGUGUAUUGCAUUUGAUUAAUUUACCAUAUUUUCCAGCGUAUAAGAUGACUUUUUAACACAUAAAAAAUCUUUUCAAAAGUCGAGGGUCGUCUUAUACGCAGGGGGUCGUCUUAUGAGCUGGUGUACAGCCCAAACCCUAGAUUUUAACAGGAAAGCAGGGGGUCCUCUUAUACGCCCAGUCGUCUUAUACGCCGGAAAAUACGGUAGUUUUAUUCAUGUUUUUUAACCUGAAGUAAUUAUGGUACGCAUGUUGGAUUUUUUUAUUGAAACUAAAUUUUACAAGCAAAUGGAUUAUUUGAUUAUGUCUAUUUUAAUAAAUUUCUAACUGUCCUCCCUUUGACCUAGGUAUUAUUCACUUCUUUACACAUGGGUCAAAUUAUUUCAUUGUAUCUAAUUUAAAAAGUGGAUAAACAUAAAGCAUGGUUAGUGUAAUUUGUGUCAUGAAAUAAGGCUUUCUCUUAUCAAACUUUGUUAAAGCCAGUAGCACAAUCUUUUCACUGAACACAAGUAAAAGUUCAUUAAAAGAAAGCCAUUGUUUCUAGUCAUGUCUAAUUCCAUUGUGUUCUCAAUCCUCAUAGUAAAUCACAGUGAGUUUACCCCUUAUGGUGAAUGGUCAAAGUUUUAUUUAUUGGCUACUUGUGUAAAAUAAACCCCGGGCUGUGCCAUAAUUUUUUUAAAAAAAUAAUUUGUAAAUGUAUUCCUGUGUGUGUGAGAUUUUUAGAUCUGAGGCAAACAACUCUAUUGAUUUAUUAUAAAAAUCAGUUGAGAACAUUUGUUUUGUGUAUGCUCAUAUUGUUGUAGGGUAAGUAAAAUUUGUCAUUGUCUAAAGGUGUAAAAUUUGUCAUUGUCUAAAUGUGUAUAUUUUGUCAUUGACCAAAAGUUUAAAAUGUGAUAAAAUGAUGUCCUGUUCAACUGAUUAGUUUAUCAGGACCACAAUGUUUAUGUAACAUUGAGGAUUACCUAGAUGUCAAUAGUUUAGUUGCUUCAUUCCUUGUUCAGUUGUUAACUUUAUUAAUAGAUCAACUAUUUCAAUGCAUGUUGGUUGUGAUAAAGACAUUAAAUAAAAGUGAGGAAAUUA